CUCAAUCACUGUCCAAUAAGAAUUUUCGAAACAAAAUAAUAUAAUUGUCAUAAAACAGAGUAGUAGCUUCCAGUUGCAAACUACAUCUAAUUUGACAGAGGACUGAAUAUAGGACAUGCGACCUUAACAUUUUCCUUCUACGAAAAGGAUAAUUGCUUAAAUCAAUGCACAAACACACGUUGAUAAAAGCAUGCUAAUUUUGGGUUAAAACACUUAACACAACGAGGACCUGUCUGCAAAGGUGCUUUAUCUAACCUUAACUUGAUAAACGCUGCACAAAUUUUAAUGCAAUGGAUGUAUAAUAUGAAUAAUGCACAAUGCGUAUGCAGGGCCUAGCCUCGUGAUAUAGGUGGCUUAAUUGGCCUAAUAGUGGAUGUUAACGAUUUGAACACUGGAUUAUAGAUGGACUUAUCAAGAUUAUAGAAACACAUGUUAAAUACGAUUAAUAAAGGUAAAGUAGUUACAGUUGUUUUGUAAAAAUAGAAAGUGUUUGUACAAAGAUAAAUGGAUCAGCCGAAGUCUAGACCAGACACACUUCAAUUUACAGAAUCUGAGUCAGAGCUCCCCGGUGCGGAUCUUGACAUGCCACUUCCUAUGGACUUUGGACGUCUGUCCCCCGGAACUGUUGUAUUUCACCACACAAAAGUGAAAUUUGUCCAAGUGUUUGCACAGAGGUCUUCUGCAGACACGAGAGACCACGGGUCUGAAGCUGAUACAGAAACACGCAUUCAUGUUUCAACAAACACACAGGCAGAGUGUGAAGUCGGUAAUACAAGCAACGAAGACAAUGCAACAGAAGAAGAGUGCCAUGUUGACAAAGAUUCCAGAGAGGAGAUAAUCAGAAUAAACCUUGAGAAACACCUGAUAUACAUCAGUCAUUUUAUCAAUCCAGAUGAUCUGAUUUUACAUCUGCACUGCUUUUCUGAAGAACAAAAGUCAGAUAUUCUCUCGGAGAAAAAUCACAUAAAGGCAUCAAGAAAGGCCCUAGAAAUGUUAUUACAUGAUGUUGAGGAACCAGGGAGAUUUGUUGAACUGAGGGAUGCUCUUUCUGAAAAUGAUGGUAAUCCAAAGAUUGUGAGUAUCUUGGACGGCAAAUACAGUCCAGAUGAUCAGAACUUCGUCAAGGUUGUAGACAUCUUUACAUCCAAAAUAAUCGAGCGUCUAGAACCAUCAGAAUUAUUGCUCCAUCUACUGCAAAACGGCGUUUUCAAACAAAUGGAUGUAGAAGAAAUAAGAGGGAGGAGAAAAACCAUGGGAAGAUGAGAGCUGCUUGUGUUUUACUGAUGUACUUACCACGUCGCACUGUGGACUGGUUCAGAUGUUUCUUGCGGGUCUUGCAAUUGAUUAAUUGUGACCUUGAGGAUAUUGCCGAAAUGCUUGAUCCAGACAUGUUUAAAGAUAUUAAACAAGUACAGGCAAAUGUACAAAACCGUGGAAUAGCUUCCAUUAUAAGUUCCAAUGAACCUAGAAGUGCAAAAUCAAAAGUACCCUCAAAGCCUAAGUUUAGAUUGUCGCCAAGUAAAAUGAAUAAUGAUACAAGUAAAAUGAAGGACAGUUUGCGUUCAAAUGCAGCACAUGAAAGCUCCGGUACGACGAAGUCGGACCCAUAUGCAAACGUUGUAAUGGCAUCAGAAACAGAGUUGCGUCUUAUGAGAAACGAUAAAGCUGCAUUCAGUGAAGAACCACACGCACCAGUACUGGAGCUAAUUAGUGCAAAUAGAAAUGAUGAAACACCAUUAAAUGAAAAGAUUCAUGAAUCAGAACCUGAAGUAUACAAUUCAAAGAUAAUGCAAAGAUAUGCAGUUUGUGAAAUGACAUGCGGUAGACGUAUAACAGUUAUGAAAGGAUCAUUAGUGAAUCUUAGAGUAGAUGUAAUGGUAAACACUACAGACAAGGCUCUUUCAUUAACAACAGGGCUUGCAAAGACCAUAAGUGAAAAAGGAGGAGAAAAGAUAAAAACUGAUCAGGUGUAACAAAUAUUUUCAAAAGGAAGGAAGCAUAGAUGAGGGAGAAGCAUUUGUAAGCGAGGCUGGUAGUCUACCUGCUAAACAUGUGGUGCACGUGAAUAGCCCAAUCAAGAGAGAAGGGACGGAAAAUGAGCACAGAUUACUCGGACAAACAGUCAGGAAUGCAAUGAUGCAAGCAUCAGUUAAAAACGCCAAGACAAUAGCAUUGCCAGCAAUCAGUUGUGGAACUUCUGGAUUUACAUCGAAGAAGGCGACAGGACUGAUAGUGCGUGCAGUGAGAAACUUCUUUCGGGAGGACCAAUCGAGUAGUUUGGAGCAUGUAUACCUUGUAGACAUUACCCCACAAACUGCCAAAAGGUUUCAAGAAGCUUUGUGCCGUGAAUUCAAAGAUGACACGAAAUGUGUUGUAGAGGUGAUGAAAGAAUCCUAAUAACAAAAUAUAAAUCGCAGGUCAUCGGCUAUAUAACUAUAUGUUUCCUGUGCUAAUUAGAUGAAACUGAAAUAAUUAUUAUGUUAUCAUAAAAUAAAACACUUAAUGAAUGGCUUACUGGUCAUUAGUUAAAACGUCGGGUCGCGCGUAAUAAUUUUUAUUAUUGGCCGGCAAGCCAUUCGGACCGAGCGCCAGAUUUGAUUACUGUACUCGUCACAUAAUAAUAGUGUUAUAUAUUACAUGACUCGUUAUAUAAAUCACCGGUCUAUAUCUAAUACAUGUUUACUGAUCUAAUAAACUAAACAUUUAAAAAUAAAACUAUGAAAUUUGAUUUCUUAUGUCGUGUAAUGAAACACCUAUUAAAUGGCUCGACUGUCAAUAGUCAAAACUAUUGAUCUUCGGACCUCGGACCACAGCUUUUACUAUUGACAGUUUAGUCAUUCAAAAAGUGUAUGAUAUUUAGAAGACGGUGCAAUGAUUUCUUUGAGAAAUUUCGAUUUAGCUUCUACAAGGACCAGUUUUGUUAAUGCAUUCAUUAUUAGGGCGAACAUGCAUAUUGUUGCAGUUGUGCAUUUAUUAAUAUGAUGAAACAUGUAAAAUAUGUCACUAGGUCUCCAAUACUGCAUGAAAUAUACCCCCUUUUUACUGAUUAAUUUUCACUCUUUUUAUUACUAACGGAUUUAUUUCACGUUUUAUAAUAGUUAUCGCAAUUUUAUGAGACAUUACAUUUACUUAGAAUUUCGUGUUUCAGUUUAGGUGCACUUUCACUCUGUCUAUGCUUUUACUAAAUUGACCCGAUUCAAAACACUGCAUCAAUCACAUCAUGUGACAAAGGUUCAUUACUCUGACAAAUGUUCAGUGAGUUAUUCCCCUUUAUACUUAUACUUUCAUGUUAAAGGUUUAUUGCAUAUUAUCUCUGUAAUUACUAAAUGGAUUUUAUAUUUUACAUCAUCACCCACAUCAUGAAUGACGAGACACAUGAACUGUACAUGGCGUGGCAUUUUCAUUCUAUGAUGAAUGGAGUAAUAGGGGGCGCCAGUACCUUCCAAUUUUCUUAAUAUAACUUGCUUACUCAGUAAUGCGGGGAAUUUCUCAUUCCAUUGAUAGAAUUAGUUAUCUCAAAUAGGCCCAUUUUAAUUUCCAGCAUCGAAAUAAUAGAGCACCCUGUCCCCUUUAUUAGCCCCUGUACUGUUUGUUGGGUUGUUUAAUGAAAUUGAUAAAGAAAUUAAUUAUUCGCUACAAUUUGGUUAUAAGUAGAUUCAGCACACAUAAGUUAGAUACAUUGGAUGAGGGUUUUUUUAACAACUGAAGAAAAUAUCUAAAGUGAAAGAUGCGCACUGGCAAUUUUAAUGCUUAACUCAGCGUCGUAUAAUCCGCUUUUAAUUCUAGAAAAAAAGUCACUUUUGAACUGGACUUUAUUGAAGAACAGGAUGAGAGUUCUAUGGAAACAGGUCCAUGCGAUUGCAAAUAAAAUGAGUAUUUUGAAGUGAUCGUCUUUAAGCACAGAAGGCAAGUUACAUGAAAGUGUAAAAUUAAAUAGAUUCUUGAAAUACGCAGAAAGCAGACGUUUCGACGGAAUAAACUUGAGAGGAGCAUUUCCUGGGAAAGGGCCGCAAUGACCCCACAUGAAUAUGACAGACAGAGACCAAGUUCGUAUUGUUUAUUUUACUACAAUUAUGAUCAGUUAUAAUUCUUGUCAAUCUGGAAAAGACCUAGAAGAAAUUUUGGAUCGCUUAAACUUGUACUUCCCUGCUUCUUUUGGAUAUGAUAUGCAACGGGUUUAAACGUCCCAGCGCCACGGUGAUCAGUUUCGUCUUUUCGCUCUGGCAUCGCACGUUAUUUUAGCUUUUAAUUUGCAGCCUGCGCUAGCACAUCAAUACAAAGCUUAUCAAACUUUGAUUCAAAAUAGUAUACAUGUACAUGUAUUUGUACAUAGUACCCUGCAACUUCAACUUUCAUUAAUGUUGCCAAGGAUUAUUUCUUGAUGCCGAUAAAUCUGAAAUAUU